ACACUGGCCAAACAGGAAGAGUGCUCGGAGCCCACAGGUAGGAAGGAGUUCACUGUCUGUUCAUUAAGCUUUAACAUUACCUGGAUUUAGUCAUUCUAAAGUCAGUGUACAGUUGGAAAAAAAACAAAGAUAUUUUUAAGAUUGAAAAUGAUGAAGAACUUUGGAGUUGUAAUAGAAUGUUCCUGCCAUAGACUUUAAGGAAGUAAGAGAUUUGUAAGUUGAUAAGGGAAUAGGGAUAAGGGAUUGUAUUUUUCAUGAAAUGUUUGUAUAUAGUGUAAAUGUCCUAAAUCUAAAUGUAAAUACAGUAAACUCAUGUCAUUUAUUCAAAUAAGACUUAAGAACAGAAGUUUGCUCAGAAUAACUGUCCACAGUGAAAUGAUGAAACAACUACGGAUUACAGGAUGCCAUUAAGUUAAAAAUCUCGGCUCUUGGGGAGAAUCUGGACCGCAAUGUUUUUCCCAUUGAGGACCUCCCUGGGGAGGUAGUUCUACAUCAGAGCAGGAGAUACAACUGGCAGGAAACACGAGAAGAGAGCCAAAUACAAUACUCUUUCACUAAGCUGCCCACGGAUACUGUACUGUAUACUGGAUACUGUACCGCAGCUUGUGCCAAUUCACCUGCGUGUCUGCGUGCGUGUCCACGGGUGUGUGUUCACGCGACCAAAAAAAAAUCAAGAGUAAAACUAGGAUUGCGAACCAUGUGGUGCGACCUCUGACCCCUGCCUCAGCCAUCGUACGCGAACACGUCCACACGGGGGGGGGGACAUGUUCUCCCACAGGAAGAACAGCGUGCCGUCGCCCAGCAUCGACGACUCCUACUUCGGCUUCUCCCUGAGCAUUCCCAGCACCCCCUCCUCGCUGCUCCCCGGGGGGGGAGACCUGGAUGGGGGCCGGGGGGAUCUGGAGCCAGACCUGAUCCUGGCUGCAGAGCUGGGUCAGGCGCUGCUGGAGAAGAACGAGGAGCUGGCCGCCUCUCUGCAGGAGAGGGAGAGGGAGCUGGAGGUGGUCCAGCAGCAGAGGCACGUCUUCCAGAGGAAGCUGGAGAUGAACGAGUUGGCGUCCGGACAGAGGGAGGCGGAGCUAGUGGCAGACAUGGCGGUCCUACGGGUGGAGCUGGAACGCCAUCAGAAAGAUGGGCGGGACCGACGGCGGGAUGAGAGUGAUCAGCUAACCCAGUUAGCUAAUCACAACCAGCGACUCGUGGAGCAAUUGGCAGAGGCGGUGACUCUGGAACACACCCUGAGGACAGAGCUCCGAGCGCUCCGAGAAGAGGUGGACGAAUCUUCCUUCAGCCGAGGCAUCAGCUUCAGUCAGCAGAGGAACAUGCAAGCAGAGAACAAGAUGCUGCACGGUCGGCUGUCCCACAUGGCGGAGCAGAUGGGGGCGGUGCAGGGGGCGGGGGAGAGGCUGCGGGCGGAGAGGGAGGAGCAGAGGGAGAGGCUGGCCGACCUGCAGGCCAGACUCAGGGAGAAGGAGACGGAGAUAGAGCAGGAGCAGGGAGUGGUGUUUGAGUUGCGUUCGGUGAACCGUACUCUGCAACAGAAGGCUCUUAGGCUGGGGGACGAGAGCGUGUUGGAGAACACACACAUGCAACCUCUCUCUCUGCUUAGUGAAAUACAGCAAUCCCAGGCUAAAGACACCCUACUGGCCCACUCUACAGUGCUUCAAGCCAAGGAGGAGGAGAUCCAGUCGCUGAAGGAGGAGCUGCUCUCACAACAGCAGGAGCUGCUCUCUCUCAGGGAGGAGAUCAAACCGUUCCACAGCAACCGCAACAAACCCAGUUACAGUGUUCUUGAGGGAGAGCUGGCAGUCAUACAGCAAGAGAAGGAGUCCCUGACACAGCAGCUCAUGAACACCAUCAAACACAAGGUGGCCCUGUCACAGGAGCUUGAAGCCUGGCAGGAGGACAUGCGGUUGGUGCUGAAUGAGCAGGUGAUGCAACGUCAGGGGGAACUCCAGAAGGAGCAAAAGGAGACCAGUGAGAAGAGGGAGAAGGAGAGGUCGUCAGGACUGCAGCGCAGCAAGUCUCUGAAGCUGGGAGGGGAUAAAAGCAAAGGAUUCUUCACUGCACUCUUCAGGGAGAAAUAAAUACAUUUUAAAGGUGUGGUAGGUACGACUUGGGAGUUGUAAAGGGACAGAAAAUAGCAAGAUUUUGAAACUGGACCUCCAUGAGCCCGCCAAUAAGAAGUGAUGCAUUUACAAACUCUUGAUUGACAGGCAAGAUGAAUUCCCCGAAGCUAUCGCGGUAGAGAUGCCGUGAAUGGUCAGAAAUUAGCCGGGAGCAUGGCUAACUUCAAAUGGAUAUUCUCACAGCGUAUUUCUAACAAAUUUAAUUCAAAUAACAGCUCUUUAAUCGUACCUACAGCACCUCACUUUAAGCCUGUUUACAUUCAGCGGCCUAACAUUUGAAACGGAUAUAUUAUAUAUAUAUAUAUAUAUAUGUUUAUAUUUACACUUUACAGACCUCAGAGCUCAUCUAUUUUAAGAAAUGUUGUUGUAUAUAUGUACAGUAUAUCUAUUACAUGACAAGACCUUGAAUAGCUUAUUGUUGUUUGCUAUUUUAGUGUCAGAAGAUUUUGUAUUUUAUUGUAUUAAACAUUAGUUUCAUUUUUGGAAACAUUCCCCUUCAAGUUAACAUAAACUUUUGUUUGUUCAAGAAGGGUAGGACAACACGAGAGGUUUCCCAUGGAAACCUUAAAAGACAGAAUUACUUUGGAAAUUUGGAAGAAUGCAAUUGUUCAGUUUGAAAUAAUUAUCCAGUGAAAGGAUGUUAAAAAUUAUAAUUUAUCUAUCUGUCCCCUCCUAAAUACCCCUGUGGACAGUCAAAGAAAAUACGACAGUUAGCAAUAAAUAACAUCUUGAUUUAUUAAUUUCGGACAAACAAGACAGACAUGAACCAAAGUCAUCUUUUCCAUCCCUAACACACUGGGGAUGCCCGGAGGCAUGGUAGUGCAGCUUGCAUACAGUUCACUGUGUCACUACGCUCAUAAAAAUACAGUACCUCAUGAUAAUAAUAAUAAUAAUAAUAAUAAUAAUAAUAAUUAUACAGUGCAUGAAACCAGAUAGACAUCCCCAUGUUAAAGAGGCAGGGCACUAGUGGAGUGCCUGUACGUAUCGUCACCUCCAUGGGGAACGUUCAACCGAAACCUAGCAGGAGGAAUCUUUGCCCUCUUGGUGAUGGACCAACCAAGGAAAGAUCAGCAACUGUUGGCCACACGCCCAAAGGAAGUCACAUUCUUACCUGACUGAGGAGCGUUAGUGACCGUUUAUUGUUGUGAAGAAAAAAAUAUAUGCAUGACAAAUUUGUGUUCUUAAACUAAAGCAACCUUCAGUACCUGAAUACGUAGCAGAGAUUGUGCUGGUUACACAUUGAUAUUGAUAGAAACUGAUAGAAAUGGGCACUUUAAGAAAAAUAUGAAGCCAUAUGUAUGUCUAAUCUAGUGUUAGCAUUUCGAGCAGGCAUUAACGCCAGGUUAUAAAACUACAUUUCCCACAAGUCCUUGUUGUUCACAGCUCAAUAAAAUCAAGCCUGGCUAGAUCGAUCAACCUCGUCCGUCACACACCAACACCCACGUGCUCACACACAUGCACACACACACACACACACACACACACACACACACACACACACACACACACACACACACACACACGCGCGCGCGCAUGUGCAAUACAUAUCUACAAGAGGCUGCCAGCCACACUGGACGUUGAGUACCGAGCAUCCUUUCUUUAUCUUGCUUGUCUCUACCUUACACAAAACAUUUUUUUUUCUCAUUAUUUUGUUGUUGUUGUUUUUUACGAAAAAUAGGAUGGACAAAACCAAAGAGUUUGGGUUACAAUCCGGUCCCCAUCGGUAGGAGUUUACUGCAUCUUGUCCCUUGGGCGUUCAGAACUGCAUGGGGCUGAUGGUGGUG